AUGCACCUCCAACUCGGUUUCGAGCACGUGCUAUUCAAUAUCUCGGCAAUCAGCAUUGCCCUUGAUGUGCUCACCUAUUUUCGGUUGAAAUUGAGCGCGAUAUCCACGCACAUCGUCCAGGUGCUACCCACAGUCUUGCUGCAAAAGGACAGAUUCGGUGCCUUCCGUUGGGCUCUAUCACAUUUUGUGACCAUCUACAAUUAUCAUUGGCACACCGUGCAUGCCGUUUCGCAGCUUUUCAUGUCACUAAUCGUCAUAUUUCUGGUGCGCCCAACCGCCGAUGAGAAGAGAGCACAGCACCCGCAAAAGAACAGGGACAAAAUGCCGACAACGUCGGCAACGAGUUUGGAUGAGGUCCACGACAAGCAUCAGCCAUCGACCAUUUUCGCCCGCACACCGGAUCACGCGCGCGCUUUCACCGUGUUUAUCCGGGUUAUCGGCGUAAUCUCGUUUGGGAUGCUGGAAUUGACGGCCGGCUCAUCGCCACCUUCUGCGGACCGUUGUUUCAUGGCGCUGACCAACGGCGGUUUGGUCAUCCUCGAGAGCGAGAACAAACUCUACCUGAGGCUUCGAGCAGGCAGAUUUGGACUGAGCCAUGUCGCUGUUGCCACGAAGGUCCACCAAGACCUUACCUAUCGAUUUUUGAAUGGCAGUGUUCAUGUGGACGUCGGACAAGGCGCGCGGAACAUGCAGGGCGCUCGAUUUGUUCAAGAAUACGGCCCCAAUCCACGCUACUGGCCCUUCAGUCUGUACGAGCACACGCGGAUGAACAUCCUGGACAACGUCGGCAGUACCUUGACGCCAGAAGAGGAGGUCAAACGCGGAUCCGACAAGGGCGGCUACAAAUGCUGGUUUGUCAACCUUCUUCCGUCGACGACGAUCUGUCCACCCACCAUCCGCUCAAUCGACGGCAAGCGCUUAGAAGUCUUCACGACAUCCCCAACAGCCAUUGUUUCUGUCGGCCAAAAAACAAUGUCGCAAGUCUAUACGGUCCGUGGAACCCCGAAUCGUCACGUCUACAACAUGAACUUCCACUACAACGGCGACCUCAUCGAGGUCAAGGUGACAUUGGACCACAGUGAAUGGAAUAUUACACUGCACAAU